CUCGAGUGAUCACGGAAGUGGGUCUUGAAGAUGAGGGCCGAAUGGCCAGCUUGCUUGGUCGUAGUCGGCGCACGCAGCGGAGGACUCGAUGCCGUAUAAAGAGCCCAGCGAGGAUGUAGCCGAAUGAAUAGCUCAGAUCUCGAUUCCAACCUCAAUCUCGUCGACGCAUCAUGAAGCUCUAUAUCUCUACCCUCUUGAGCAUCAUCGUGACGCUGCUGUGCUUGGCACGCACGGGUGAAGCAUCUCCCCUUGUCGUGCCUUCGCGCCAACAGCAGCGCAAGACGUGCGGCAACCUCAUUCGAGGCAAGCCGCUGCUGGUCAAAUUUUGUAGGGCGUACCUAGGCAAUUACAGGCCUGCGGUAUUGGCAUCAACCACCACAGCCACCAUCACUGCGACUUCGACCCCUCCACCCAUCACCGUCACCGUAGCCACAACCACCUCGACCGUAACAUCCACGAUGUGAGUGGAUGAAGACGAUGCACUUUGUUCG